AUGUUGAAACAUUUUUUAUGGUUUAUUAUAGCGAAUUUUAAAAAACUAUGAGUGAUCAUAUUCCAAGUAAAUCGACUGUUUAUAUAGCAAAUUUACCUUUUUGCUUAACCAAUAAUGAUGUACAUCAAUUGUUAAAAGAUUACGGAAAGAUUGUCAAAGUAACAAUUUUAAAGGACAGAAUAACGCGACUUAGUCGCGGUGUUGCUUUUGUAUUAUUUUUCAACCGAGAAGAUGCCGUACGUUGUGCAAGCACACUUAAUAACACAGAACUAGGCGGACGCAUUGUAAAAAGUUCGAUAGCUGUCGACAAUGGUCGCAGCAAUGAAUUUACACGUCGUAGGUACUACCCAGAUAAAUCACAAUGUUAUGAAUGUGGACAAGAAGGACACUUGUCGUAUUGUUGCAGUAACAAUAUGUUAGGUCCCAGAAAAUUACCGCCAAAAAGAGCAAAGAUACGAAAUAAAAAUAUGAAACAGGAGAAAUGUGACACGAAUCAUUAUGACAGUGACAGUGACGAGAUGCCAAAGAAGCCAAAGUACGAUAAUGAUAACAUUGAAGAUGAUUUUAAGGAAGAACCUGAAACAUUAAGUGCAGUAAUUGCACUCGAGCAAAGAAGGUUUGAAAUGGAGAAUAGACACGAGGAAGUGAUAGACGGACACGACAGAAAAGAAAGUUCAAGCUUAUCAAAGAAACGCUAUAAGAAAAAUAAAUACUUUAGUGACGAGGAAGACUUCAGCGAAUAAUAUAUACAAAUAUAUAAAUAUGUAUACUUUUUUGCUUUUGAUGUAUAUUAGCACUAAUUAAGAACGAUGUACUUGCAAACACAUCUCUCGAGUAUUAUAAAUGUAUAAUUAUAAAAUUAA